AUGUCUAUCCAGCAUUCAUUCAGUGCAUUUUUUCUCGUUCAAACAGUUAAAGGGUUUAGUGGUAUCGCCGCAAAUCUCGCUUUGGCCGUCGCACUUGCUAAACUUUAUAACACAACUAUUUACUCAAAAUACAAAUACCGUAUUCGAUUCUGUUGGUGGGGCGCGGAAGAAGUUGGAUAUCUUGGAUCCAGUUAUCAUGUGAGAAAAGCUAAAAAUGCUACAGCUCCGGGUGAACGUCUCGCAGACUAUCUUAUCAAUCUUAAUUAUGAUAUGAUUGCUUCGCCUAACUUCAUUUUUGGUGUCUAUCAUAAUCAAACAGCAAGAAAGGGAAUUCCAAGCAAAGCGAUACAUGGCAUUGACAAAGUCGCCGAUCUCUUUCGUGAAUGGUUCGAUGCACAAAAUCUACCGUGGACUACUACGGAUUUGGAUGGACGAACUGACUAUGCGCCAUUUUUAACUGAAGGUAUCGUUGUUGGUGGAUUAUUCUCAGGUGCCGAGGACGUCAAAACUGUAGAGGAACGCAAUCGUUAUGAUCAUUUUCUUGGUCAAGGAAUGGGUGGACUUGCUGAUAGUGUUUGUGACCCGUGUUACCAUAAAGCAUGUGAUUCAAUCCAAAAUGUCAAUAUAUUUGCUUUAGACAAGAUGGUAAAAGCAGCAGCUUACGUUCUGGAAAAGCUAGGCGAAGAAUCUGAUUUACAGGGAUGGCUUUAUCCAAACUAG